UAUUCCCCAGCGUCUGUUUCGCAACUCGUCUGGAGUUUUCCGCCCCACCGUGGUGCAUAUCUUCUAGGUGACGGGCACCCCGCAACGAGUCAGGACGAGCCUUGCAGACUCUGUGAUGAAAUUAAAAAUGCGUAAAAAAGACAUUUCACUUUGACAGCUAAGCAACACGUGCUACGGGGAGCGUGUUAAAUACUCUGGCAACUGGUACAUUUGUCUUCAGUCUCCGUGCGGCUCCGCACAUGAGUAGUUUAAGGGCGCUCCCAACAAGUUUCUGAUGCCAACAAGUUUGUGUACUCCGAGCCAGUUGUUAUGUUGGAUAAAUUUGGGCCGCAGAGCACCGGUGUGUCCGUCUCCAGCGCGGACCUCCAACUCAAACUGACGGACAAAAGCAGCCUGGCUACUGCGACAGGGAUGGGGAUGGAGAACGGAGCUGGGAAGAAGUUCAUGGAGAUAACUGGACCGGCUUUAUCCAAAAGAAAACUUCUGGUCGGCUUAGACCUCCUGUGCCUCUUCCUUGCCUCCAUCCCUUUCUUCGCCUGUGAGCUGAAGGCAGUGAGUCCUUACAGAAGGGGCUUUAUGUGUGGGGACCCCAGCAUCACUUAUCCUUAUCUGCACCAAGAGGCCAUACCAGAUGAAUUACUCAUCGCUGGUGGCAUCAUCAUCACCGGCCUCACAAUUGCCCUCGGGGAGUGUUACAGGGUACGUUUCCGGGGAGUCAGCUCCAAGGCCUUCGUCAGGAACCUUUAUGUGUCCUGUUUGUACAAGGAGCUGGGCUGCUUCCUGUUUGGCUGCUGCGUCGGCCAAUCGCUGACCAACAUGGCCAAGCUGAGUGUGGGACGGCUGCGACCGCACUUCCUGUCUGUGUGUGGUGUCACUUAUGCGUCGCUCAACUGCACGCCAGGAAGCUACGUUGCGACAGUGAGCUGCCGCCAGCCUGACCACCGGUUAGAGGAGGAGGCCAGGAAGUCCUUCUUCUCUGGUCAUGCUUCCUUCGCUAUGUACACAAUGCUCUAUUUAGCAUUUUACCUGCAGGCGCGGUUGACAUGGCAUGGGGCUCGGCUGCUGAGGCCAGCGCUGCAGUUCUUCCUGGUUCUGCUGGCAGUCUACACAGGUCUGACCCGCAUCUCAGACUACCGGCACCACCCGUCCGAUGUGCUAACAGGUUACAUACAGGGAGCCCUCACCGCUUACUGGGUGGCCUUCCACAUCUCAUCCAUGUUUAAAAGUUCCAGAUCAGAUCUCUCUCCUACCGAGACCCUGGACACCCCCUUGUCACCUCACCACACCGUCUGCUAAACCUCACCCCCCCCGUACCAACCCCUGCCUGUAGUCUGGUUUGGAUAGACAAGAGAUUUGAAGAAUGUGAGACCAUUUCCUGUGAAGUCAAACCACAUACCUCAGUAUUCAGACAGAGUGUAGGACAGAGAGGGAAAGAGAAGAGUUUGUGAGAGCUUGUAUGUGGCUCAAAAGAGAGGACUUAUGAACUGAGAGAAAGGAACAGCUGCUCGGCAGGAGUGUUGUGUAAGCAGCCUGAGCACUUGACCUUUUGUCCUUGUGACUGACCCUAACAUCACCUGUGAUACUUACCUGUGAGAUAUGACUGAACACACAGCAAACACUACCACUCUAUAUGUCACCUGUAAAUAUAUACAGCUUUUGUACAACUCAAAUGAUACUGUAAAAGCACUUUUUGAUUUCCAUAUUAGUAUUAUUAAUUACCCAUUUGUAAUGAUUUGGUAUGUAGAAUGGAAUAUAUUUUAUACAAACAUAUAACAUAUCUUGUAGCAGUUUUUUUUGUUGUUGUUGUUUUUACAUAAAUCCAGUGAAUGUAAUGAUGUUGAAGGAAGCACAAAUGGUAAGAGCACAACUUAUUUUCCCUAAUGUUUUGUACUAUUUAGAUGUGAUUUGUCUGUCCAUUUGAGUGUAGAAUGCCAUACAUGUAGUUUACUGAUGAGAGAAUGUCUACAGAAUAUAAUACAUAUUGGAAGACUAUACUGUUAGUUAUCAACCGUAUUUAUAAUAAUAUGUAUGUUGCUAGGCUACUUACCAGUCCAAGAGCACACAGAUCAUUAAAGGUGAUUUUUUAAAAAAA